AUGAAUGCUGAUACUUGUGUUUCUUAUUGUGAUCCGGCUGCCAUGGAUUCCUACUACAACGCAGCCUCCCAGGGCGCAGACGGCUCCUCGCCUUUUAGGGCAUUUCAAGCGAGUGACAAGUUCGGCCCCGCUUUCCUGGCCGCCAAAGGACAGAGCUUCGGUGACAGCGGCGCGAAGUGCCGGAGCCGCUACAGCCCGCAGGAAUGCCCGUCCCUGGACGGCAGCGGGCAGGCGCCGGGCCCCGCCGCGCCCCCGCCCGCCUUUAGCAAAUACCCGCAGCCCCAGCAGCAGCCGCCGCACCUCUACAUGCAGCGCGGCCCCUGCAAGACCCCACCGGAGAGCAAUCUCAAGCUGCAGGAGAGCGGCAGCCACAACGGAGCCUUGCAGGUCUCCUGUUACGGUAAGGAGAGCAGCUUGGGAGAGGCUGACUUGCAGCCCAACGCUGACCCCUCGGGCAUGGACAGCAGCUACCUCAGCGUGAAGGAGGCUGGAGUGAAAGUCCCUCAGGACAGGGCCAACACGGACCUCCCCAGCCCCAUGGACAAAGCGGACUCGGAGAGCAACAAGGGCAAAAAACGGAGGAACCGUACCACCUUCACCAGCUACCAGCUUGAGGAGUUGGAAAAAGUCUUCCAGAAGACCCACUACCCAGAUGUGUAUGCCAGGGAGCAGCUAGCCAUGAGGACAGACCUCACUGAGGCCCGAGUACAGGUCUGGUUCCAGAACCGACGAGCCAAAUGGCGCAAGCGGGAGCGGUUUGGCCAGAUGCAGCAGGUCCGGACCCACUUCUCCACUGCCUAUGAGCUGCCUCUACUCACCCGUGCUGAGAACUAUGCCCAGAUCCAGAACCCCUCCUGGAUUGGAAACAACGGAGCCGCCUCCCCUGUGCCCGCUUGCGUCGUCCCCUGUGAGCCGGUGCCCUCCUGCAUGUCCCCCCACGCGCAUCCCCACGCAGCUGGCGGUGUCUCCGACUUCCUCGGUGUCUCCAGUGCCGGCGGCCACGUGGGCCAGACUCACGUGGGUGGCCUCUUUGGCACAGCCGGCAUCGGCCCCGGCCUCAAUGGCUAUGAGCUGAACAGCGAGCCGGACCGCAAGAGCUCCAGCAUCGCGGCCCUGCGGAUGAAGGCGAAGGAGCACAGCGCCGCGAUCUCCUGGGCGACAUGACAGGGCUGCCAUCCAGCGCCUCGGCACACCGCGAGAGCCAGUGGGGAAGCUGGGAGACCUCCAGCUGGGAUUCCAGCCAGCCCUUGCCUCCUCGGGGAUGUGAACGCAGCACUUUGAGCUACCCUAGGUGUAUAGAGGACGUGUGCGAACGUAAGUGGCGUGUGCCCAGCACGGACAUGGGAGGUCCCAGCCUCCCGGCACUGGGUCAGGGCUGUGGGGCAGCGCUGCUGUCCCCUGCUCUGGGGGUGUCCUCUGCUAUCGCCACUGCCUCCCCGGGGACUUGGAUGCCUUUUCUCCCUGCUCCUUUUUCUGACACCAGAUCUGCCUUUCUGGAGAGCAAGAGCCCACCAGCAUCUCCAGCAGCUGCCCCGUCCCUCCACAUGUACAGCUCUUCCCUCCUCAGAACCCAUCUGCCUUGCACAGGGGACAAGAUGGGGACUCUGGCACCAGCAAAGAGACGCUCUUCAGACUGCUCCUGCCUCAUGGGAGCCAUGGCUGAAUGGGGUGAGGGGAUACUCAAGGCCAGAAAGGUGGCAGUGCUAUCCCACUUCCUUCCACCCAGCAGGAGCUGAAGUACGAAGCUUAGGGGCCUCUUGUGUAGGCACAGUGCCACCACUCUGCUGUCUUUGAUGGCUCCCCAGCCAUCCAGCUUGAGAUGUGCAUAUGAAGUGAUGGCACCUUGCAGAAGUCACAUCCCCAUGAGCACUUAGAGUUUGCUCUGUUAUAGUUGUGGCUGUUGUGUCUUAGCAAAAUGUCUUCCCUGGCUUUUACAGGGCUAGGAGUCACUACCCUCUGCUCUCAAGUCCAACAGGGCCCCCAAAGAGGAACAGCUUGAGCAGAGCACUCAGCCAGGGCUGUGUGAGGGCAUCCUCACAUUGUCCCUAGCCUGCCUCAUGUAGCAAAGUCUCUUCCCAUCGCCUCUCAUUCUCUGCUUCCCCAAAGCCACCUGCCAGCAUCUGCCUACACCUCCUCCAGGGCAGGGGAGGGCUGGGGAUGAAGGGUAGUGGCACUGCCCCAUCUCUGGCCACUCCAGUUCACCCUCACCUAGCAGAGUGAAGGAAACACCAGAACUUGUUCUCUCUCCUAAAGUCCCACCAAUGGUUUUCUCCCCAUGUGCUCCCACUUGCACAACUCUGUUUAGUACAGUCUCCUCUCCAAGGCCAAAGCUCUCUCAAGCCAUUCAGUGGCGUCAUAGCACCAAGAAUAAUUUCAGAGUUUCCUUCUGCCCCACCGAAGGUCACCACCAGCCAUAGAACUCAGCUCACAUGCUGAGCUCCAGCUCAGUGAGCAAGAGAAGUACAGGGUUUUGCCCCAUACAGCCAUCGCAUCAUGCUCCAUCCACUCUAGGUCCAGAGAGAUUUGCAGCAAAGGGUUGCAAAAAGGCUACAACCAAAUGCCAUGAUGCAGGUUAACUGCAUGCCAUAUAGAAAUAUUUCUACAGUGCCUAGGCAUUACCAUACACAACAUAGAUGAUUAUAUCAAUGCUAGAUCAAAUGUAACACGUACUUAUUGCAAUAUGGAAAGACCUGUAGUGCUGUAUCUUGUCUCAGAAAACACACUGAGAUGCCUGGCUUGGUGCUCCUCAGGAACAAUUUGCAGUCAAGCAGAUUAUGCAGAUGACCUGGGCUUUUCCACAGAAGCAAACCAGACUCGCGUCCCAGCCUGAAUGUUCAGCUGAGUUAUUAGACUAAAAUGUGCUUCAGGUGCUGAUUACUGAAUGGCUCUGGAUCACUGCCCUAAUAUCUCUUUUCUGCAUGCACUGGCAAUAAUGUUUAAACUGCAAUGAAUACCACCUUGUACCCUACCCCAGACUUCCUCGCCCAGAGCCCUUUUCCCACAGUGCAGAGGGAAAGGCGUCAUUCCGCUGCAGUGCUCAGCCCCCAGAACUGAGCAGGGUGCAGCAGUUUGAGAGGGUGCAUGGGGAUGGAUGCUGCAAGGGCGUGGGUACUGCUGGCUGUCCCACUGUGUGGCAAUGGGCCGUGCUGGGGCUUUGCUAUGCUCUACUGAAGCUGAAGGGCAUUCCUGCCUCACAGGGCCAGGAUUUCAUCCAGGCUGCAUAACGGCUCAUGAGACGAAGAGCUGCUUCCUUUCCUCCUCGUGAAUUGGCCUCAGACAACCCUAAUCACUGCCACGCAUGUCCAGCCCUGAGCUGCUGGGUGCACUGUAAGUGCAGAGCUCUGCUCCCGUGCCCCACUCUGCUGCCAUUCACCAGCAUAGCCCCUCUGCAUCUGCCAUUCUACUGCAUCGUCCUGCCAGCAACAGCCUGGACAUGCAGCGACACAGGCAGGUCUCCAGCUGUGUGCAUCUGUAGUUACACAUAUUUUAAAAUUAAUUUAAUAGUUUUUUUAAACUAGCUGUUAAAUUAAUAAGAAAACCU